UGCUGAGAAUCAUUUCAACGGCUCAUUUCCUCAAGAAAUAGGUCACCUGAAGUCUCUUAAGGAGCUUGAUAUGUACACCAACAACUUAGAGGGUCCCAUACCUGCAUCUGUAGGCAACUUGACCAAUCUGGCUUGGUUAUCUCUCUCUAGCAGUUCCUUCUCAGGUUCCAUUCCCCCAGAAAUGGGAAAUCUCUCUGGCUUGGUUGAACUUUACCUAGACAACAACCUUUUAACUGGUCCUAUUCCUUCCACCUUCGGAAACUUGAGAAACCUUACCCUAGUUUACUUGUUCAACAAUAAUCUUUCUGGUCCAAUCCCAUCUGAGUUAGGAUACAUGACAUCCCUCACCUAUCUCAGCCUUCAAAUGAACAAUCUCUCUGGUGCCAUCCCAGCAUCAGUAGGUAACCUAAGAAACCUCCAUGAACUCAAGCUCUAUGAAAAUCAACUCUCCGGCUCCAUACCUAAUGAGAUAGGAAACCUGAACUCUCUUGUUGACCUGGAGUUGAGUGAAAAUCAACUCAGUGGCUCACUCCCCUCCAUCUUUCACAAUCUGACCAGCUUGAAUAUUUUACACCUUCGUGCCAACCAACUUUCUGGUUCCAUUCCUCCAGAAAUUGGAAAUCUUAAGUUGUCAAUAUUGGAAGUAGACCACAACCAGUUCACCGGACGGUUGCCACAGAACAUUUGCAAAGGUGGAUCACUGACAGAUUUCACUGCAAAUGAAAACCAAUUAGAAGGCCCAAUCCCUAAAGACUUGAAAAACUGCACCAGCUUAGAGAGAAUCUUCUUAGGAGGAAACCGUCUCACGGGCAAUAUAUCUAGUGAUUUUGGUGUCUACCCCAACCUUUACAUCAUAGAUCUUAGCCAUAAUAAGUUCUAUGGUGAACUGUCGUCUAGUUGGGGAAGGUGCCCAAAAUUAGCCACCCUAAAGAUCUCAGGCAACAAUAUCACUGGUAGGAUCCC